AUGAUCGUUGUCCGUCAUUACCCUGUCCUGCCUAGAACGACGUCGACUCCCCUGCCACGCCUCCGUCUCACCAUCCUCCCGAGUGCUACCCCGCGCCGCUUCUGCAGCUCCCACACCGCCGACGAUAAAGACCGCAGCAAGAAGGACAUCACCAUGUAUCUCCAGGAGACGCACGACAAGGUCUUUGAGAACAACAAGUCCUGGGCCGCCGAGCAGGUCGCCAAGGACCCCGACUUCUUCAAGAAGCUCGCCGCCGGCCAGAACCCCGAGUAUCUCUGGAUCGGAUGCUCCGACUCGCGCAUCCCCGCCGAGCAGAUCACGGGCCUGCAGCCCGGCGACGCCUUUGUGCACCGCAACAUUGCCAACCUGGUCUGCAACACGGACCUCAACGUUAUGAGCGUCAUUGAGUAUGCCGUCAAGCACCUCCAGGUCAAGCACAUUGUCGUCUGCGGCCACUACGGCUGCGGCGGUGUCAAGGCGGCCAUGACCCCCAAGGACCUGGGCCUCAUGAACCCCUGGCUGCGCAACAUCCGCGACGUCUACCGCCUGCACGAGAAGGAGCUCGACGCCAUCGCCGACGAGGAGGCCCGCUACGAGCGCCUCGUCGAGCUCAACGUCUACGAGCAGUGCCGCAACGUGGUCAAGACGGCCGCCCUCCAGCAGUCGUAUGCCGAGAACGGCUUCCCCAUCAUUCACGGCUGGGUCUUCAACUUCCGCGACGGCAUGCUCAAGGACCUCAACGUCGACUUCAAGACCAUCCUCAAGGAUAUCCAAAAGAUCUACAACCUGACCAACUAAGCUAUCGAUAUAUGGUUGGGGUCCGGAGGAUUUGGUUGUGUGUGUAUUGUAUGUACUGUAAAGCGAGUUUUAUGAGCGAUUUUUUGGAGAACUGGGCAUGGGGGCUAUAGACACUGGCUGGUGUGUUGCACCGGGGGUAUGAUCCGGUAUGAUCAUAUAUACAAACAAAAUAAAACCUUGUAUACCAUA